AUGCUAUUAGCCACUAAGAACUGCAUUGCGCAGGCUAUUGCGGUUUAUCUCACCCCUGUGAAUGUCCUCAUCCCCAUUCUUGGGGCGUCAGCCAAGACCAGGGGUACGCUGUAUUCUUCGCUAUGCGGUGAAUCUCAGUUCUCGAUUGCAGAUGCAGAGAAAGAACAUCUUGCAUAUCCUUUGCUCGGUCAGAUUGUCGAGCGGAGCUUUAAGCAUGGCAUCAAGUCCGACGUUCUUACCGGACACCGGGCUUAG